UCACCCGGAGCCCCGCGAUGGAGGUCCCGCCCCGGCUUUCCCAUGUGCAGCAGCCGCCGCCGCCGCCGCCAUUGUUCCCCUCGGCUCCCGCGACUUUAGCCUCCCGCAGCCUCUCCCAUUGGCGGCCGCGGGCUCCCCGGCAGCUCGCCCCGCUCCUCCCUUCGCUCGCUUCCAGCGCCUCCCGGCAGGGGGCGCGCCGGACCCAGCGCCACGUCACCGCCCAGCAGCCCUCCCGAUUGGCGGGCGGGGCGGCUAUAAAGGGAGGGCGCAGGCGGCGGCCGGAUCUCUUCCGCCGCCAUUUUAAAUCCGGCUCCAUACAACGCUCCGCCGCCGCCGCCGCCGCCGGGACCCGGACUGCGCGCCAGCACCCCGCUGCCGACGGCUCCGCCACCAUGGAGGACAUGAACGAGUACAGCAACAUAGAGGAGUUCGCAGAGGGAUCCAAGAUCAACGCGAGCAAGAACCAGCAGGAUGACGGUAAAAUGUUUAUUGGAGGCUUGAGCUGGGAUACAAGCAAGAAAGAUUUGACUGAAUAUUUGUCUCGAUUUGGGGAAGUUGUAGACUGCACAAUUAAAACAGAUCCAGUCACUGGAAGAUCAAGAGGAUUUGGAUUUGUGCUUUUCAAAGAUGCUGCUAGUGUGGAUAAGGUUUUGGAACUGAAAGAACACAAACUGGAUGGCAAAUUGAUAGACCCCAAAAGGGCCAAAGCUUUAAAGGGAAAAGAACCCCCUAAAAAGGUUUUUGUGGGUGGACUGAGUCCAGAUACUUCAGAAGAACAAAUUAAAGAAUACUUUGGAGCCUUUGGAGAGAUAGAAAAUAUUGAGCUUCCCAUGGAUACAAAAACAAAUGAAAGAAGAGGAUUCUGUUUUAUCACAUACACAGAUGAAGAACCAGUAAAGAAAUUGUUAGAAAGCAGAUACCAUCAGAUAGGGUCUGGGAAGUGCGAAAUCAAAGUUGCACAGCCCAAAGAGGUGUACAGGCAGCAACAGCAACAACAAAAAGGCGGGAGAGGUGGAGCAGCUGGUGGACGAGGUGGAGCGAGGGGGCGCGGAAGAGGUCAGGGCCAAAACUGGAACCAAGGAUUUAAUAACUAUUAUGAUCAAGGAUAUGGAAAUUAUAAUAGUGCCUAUGGUGGUGAUCAAAACUAUAGUGGCUAUGGCGGAUAUGAUUAUACUGGGUAUAACUAUGGGAACUAUGGAUAUGGACAGGGAUAUGCAGACUACAGCGGUCAACAGAGCACUUAUGGCAAGGCAUCCCGAGGGGGUGGCAAUCACCAGAACAAUUACCAGCCCUACUGAGGAGGACCUGGGAGAAAGCAGCGGGAACUUCAUUGCAGGCCGUGUGUCACCCUGACCACGUCUAUCUCUGGGGGUCGCACGUUGCGGGCAGAGCGCAAGGCAUACACCAGAAAACGCUGUCCUGUGGUAUGGUCUCUUCCAACUUCAUGUACCAGCGUAAAGAUUAAAAGUGGAAACUUCAGACUUUGGCUUCUUUUUAAUCUUUUUUGGAGAUUAAGUGUCUAAACUUAACUUAAAUGGUUUUUUGCAGGAGUUAAAGUACAUAAAUGCCUUUUUACAGCUUAAUCAUUUUGGUCUUCUGUUUAGUGUUGUAUUUCAAUUGUGGAGCCUCAUUUUAAGUGUCCAUUCUUUAAGAUUUAAUGCUUGCUUUUUCUUUUUAUAGCUAAUAGUGAAAUCUACAAACCAAAACAAGAACUUUUAAAUCUGGGAUAUAAGUUAAAGAUCACAUGCACAAAGCAAUUCGUUGUGUUACGAUCAGAAACCUGAAAUCUGCAUUGGUGAUAGCAUCCUCCUUGGCUUACUAGAGCUGUGCUUCUAGUUGGUCUUUGUCUGCUAGGCUUGUAACUGGGAAGAUUGCAUUCCUGUGUUUUCAAAUAAAUCCUCCUAAUACCAUUUGGGAACUCCAGUGAGUUUUUCAAAUACCCAAACUACACUUUGUUAAUGAAUAUGCAUGUGAUCUUUAAUUAUUGAAGAAAAGAAUAAAGUGAGGACUUAAAACAAUUCAUGAAAGUGGACCUUUGCAAGCUUGUGAGGAUUGCACACAUCUAAUGGUGGUUUUGUUUUUGUUGUAGGAGGUGUAAAGAAACCAUCUUACAGGACGACAUUGAAGAUUGCUUGAUCUUCUGUUGACCUAAGAUGAUUAUUUUGUAAAAGACUUUCUAGUGUACCUGACACAAUUGUGUCCAACUGUAUAUAGCUGCCGAUUAGUUUCUUUGUUUUCACUUUGUCCUUUGCUAUCUGUGUUAUGACUCGAUGUGGAUUUGUGUUUAUACACCUUUUUAUUUGUAUGAUUCAUGUUAAACCUCCAAUAAAUGCUUCCUUAUGUGAUUGUU